CCCGGGGCGGCGGUGACCGGAGCGAGCCCGCCCACCGGGGCUCGGCCGGUUCUGCCCCCGGAGGGAUGCGCGGGACGCCGGUGCCCGGGACUCUAAUCCUGCUGUUUGCCCAGGACUCCUGUCCCCUCAGCCCCACUCUGCCAGCGGGCGCUCCCCGCAGCCGGCCCCGCCGGCGGGGGCCGGGCGCGGUGCGGCCCCGGGGCGGAGCGCGGGCGGUGUCCGCAGCCCCGGAGCGGUGCGGCGGCGGUGGCGGUACCAAUGGCCCUGCCGGCGGAGGCGGACCGGCUGGAUGGGGGCUGGCAGGAGGUCUACUCUGCGCUCCAGUGGAUCCAGUUCACCAUGGCCAUGCUCAGCGUUGUAGGUUCCAGCUCAAUUAUUGCCUACGCCGUCUUCCAAAACGCAGUGCGGUCCCCUGAGGUGCGUCCACUUUUCUACCUGAGCCUCUCGGAUCUGCUGCUGGGCAUGUGCUGGCUGGCUGGGGCCCUGCUCUACAGCUCACCCACCUCCCAGCAAGACCUCAUCUGCUACAACUUGCAGGCCACGGGACAGAUAUUCUACGUGGCCUCUUUUCUCUACACUGUCAACUACACCUGGCACCUGUACAUGGACCUCAAGGUGAAAUACAACCAGAACCUCUUCAGGGUUCUGAGCCAGGUUGUAGAUUAUGCAAGUUGUGUUGGCAGAAUAGCAACGAUCUUGUCAAGCCUGAUCCCUUUCCUCCUCAUGGUGCCGGUGUUUUGCCUGGGCAACAGCAGUAAUUGCUACCAGAACUUCAGCCAGAAGCACGGGUGUCUCCUGAUGCACACGGAGAUGGCCGAGCCCCCCAGCGAGCCGCAGGGCCUGAGCGGCUCCGUUUGCCGCGCGAUGCAUUUCUACGGCAUCGGCGUCUUCCUCGUCUCCUUCCUCAUCAGCUUCGUGGCCAUCCUGGUUAUCCUGAGUCAGGCCCGAGGGCUGUACAAGAGGUUUGUGAACUCCACAGGAUUCCUGGGGGAUCAGCAGUGGGCCAUGAUUAAGAUGGUGGAACAGCGGGUGGUUUUUUACCCCGUUGCCUUCUUCUGCUGCUGGGCCCCAGCUGUCGUCCUUGGAAUGCUGAAAUUGACUGCUUCAACAACCAGCAAAAUCUACAUGGCUCUGCUGAUCCUGCAGGCUCUCACCGCAGCUUCCCAGGGGCUCCUGAACUGCCUGGUGUACGGCUGGACCCAGCACGUGUUCCUGUCCCUGAAGCGCGGCUCCCGGCGGGAUGUGGACACGCAGACCCCGCUCCUGCGCUCCCAGAAGAAGUUCUACUCCAGCACAGCCCCCUCCGGUCCGCCCGACACCGCGGGCUCCUCCUCCACCCUGCUCUGAUGCUGCCCUGCCUGGAGGGAGAGAGGCAGAAUCCUUCCAACUCCUUCUCCAGAGCCACCGGGAGGGAACUGUCCCUCGGGCCCGAGCCCCAGGAGCUCAGUGGACAUAGUUAUUUAUUUGAUGGAUUCUUUCAGCGUGGUAAAUCUUUAGUCCAGACUUUCUCCUCCUGGAAAUAUCCCUAGAAGUGCAGCAAACCACAUGGAAAGGCUCAGAGACCUGGUCCAGCUCCACGGAGGUUGAGCAGAGGAUGUUUUACUUUGUUUUAUUUCUCCAAGUCAUUGCCUUUACAAAUUAACAAAAAGCAAAAUGAGUAUUUUUCAAUCCCUGCCUUUUAAUUCACUCUAACCAUGAGAAUUUGCACCACCCUAAGAACCAAUUGCAGGGAGUGAAGAAUUGCAAAGGACAAAACCUGCCUGGAAUUUUUGCACAUUUCCCUUUCCUUCUUCCUGCCAACUUCCUGCUCAGCCACAAUACUCCCAAAAAUCAGCUGCUUCGACCCUGUGGAGCAUCUCUCAUGAACCAGGUGAGCAGGACUUUGAAUCUCUCUUUGCAUUUCCAGAUGUUCACAUGAAUUAUUUACUGAGGUCCCACCAUUCUGUAGGAAAUAAACCAGGCCUUAAGCUGUCUUGACAACAACUCUUUACCUUUACACUCUUUAUUUUCCAACAGCUUCACGUUUUCGGUCCAACCCAAAUUUUUCUCAUAGCAGGUUAGACAAGAAGAGGAAAUACUCCAGCUUUGUGUAAUUAACUUACACAACAUAACUGUGUAAACUCUGGGUAAGUCACACAAGGGCCCUGGAGGUUUGGUCAAUGACUUAUUUUCUCCUACAGAGUGAAACUGAGUGCAACAAUUCAAUUUUGCUGUUCUACAGGAUAAAAACAAAGUUUUCAGCCAUCUUCUUCCACCUGGUCUUUCAAAUCCUCCUCUAGCUCCAAAGUUUGGACAUGGAUGACUCUGUCCAGCCCCACUUCAAAGGCAAAUAUUCCACAGGGAGGAUGGGAUUCGUGCCCUGGCACUGGCAGGGCAUGAAACACACUCAGUCUCAUCCCUGAGGGCCUCCUACACCCUCCUGGAACUGACCCCAUUUGUGGAGCCAGUGCAAUUUGUUUAAAAGGGGAUUAAGGCUUCCUAAGUGAUGGAAGAUUACUCAGGAAACAAUGAUUGGAUUGCUAAUGGAGCAUCAGAGCUGGCAGUGGGGGCUGACACAUUCCCAGGGCUCCUCACACAGCUCAGCAGCCCCUCACUGUUUGUUUGAGGGGAGUUUUCUUGCUGGAAAGAGCCAUUCCAUGGGCACUCACAGCUGGCUUGGCUGCUCUAAGUGCUUCCAGGAAAUUGUUCCCUCAGUCCCUUUCCCAGUCUGGAGGCUCUGAGGGUCUCUCACCACCCAACCCACUCUGAACUCCCCUAAGUCACCAAGCAGAGGGAAAUUCUGUUACAAGGAAGGAGCCCGAGCUCUCACAACUGCCCCAUCUUGUGUCCUGAAAUGCUCCUGGGCCAAGGGUGUGUCUGGUUCCUGUCACCAAGCCCUGCUCAGGAUAACAAAACCAUUUCCAGAAGCAGGAAGGGCCCAAGUGCCACCCUGAGGCUCUGUGUCCAGAGAGGUGAGGGAAGCACUCCCUGGCCCUGGAAAAGCACAGGGCCAUCAGCAACAAAGCAGAUCCAUUUCUCACCACCCAGUGUCCCCCACUCCAGCAGGGCUCCCACCUCAACCACCUGCAAGGAUCAUCAGCCCAGAGGAUCUGGGUGUUAUUCCCAGUGUCCCUGAAGACAGAAGGACUCAUCCCUGCCUUCCCUGACUGCCCAGUCCAACCCCACAGCCCUCAGGGGUUAACUGGGAGCACUGGGCAGGUGCUGCUGCCAUCUGAUGGAAAGCUGGGCUUAAAAAAGGCAAUUUUGGCUUAUGUUGCCAAGUAGAGCCCAGGAUUUCCUAGGGAUUUAUCCAGCCUGUCAUCUCAAAUCUUCAUUCAAGUGUUUAUUCCUAUGGAUAAGGGAGGUGGGAUGGGGGGCUGAGGGUGGGAGAAUAAUGGAAUCAUGGAAUCUCUAAGGCUGGAAAAGCCCUCUAAGACCAUCAAAUCCAGAAAUUAACUCAGCACCACUGUGUUCACCACUAACCACAUCCCCAAGUGCUGCAUCCACACCUUCUGGACACUUCCAGGGAAAAGCAGGGUGGCAGGAGAAUCUUCCUGCUCUUCCCUCCCACUCCUUCCUUCUCUCCUGCAGGGAUUUGGGAACCAAACAAAAGCAGCAAGUAACUUUUGAGUUUAGUAAAAUCAUUUAUAUACAGGAUGGGUAAUAUUUACAAUGUAAUACUGAUCCAAAAGGAACUAACAGGGAACACUGAGAGGAGAAAUGAGAACAUUUUAACACACAGGAGUUAAACAUGGGGACAGACUCAGGUUUCCAAAAGAAAAUCCAGAAGUAAUGACAGCAAAAGUUUGACAUGUUGCUAUUUCCAAUCAAAAUCUCUUUCACUAAUCAGGUUCUCCUAAUUUUAAUAUAUAUAGAAAAGCUUCAAAUAAUCAAGUCACAGGAGAAGCCAGUUAUACAGAAAAUUUUGAAAAGGUCAAAUGAUUUCAGACAUUUUUCUUCAUUUAAAUAAAAUUCUAAAAAAACCCAAAACCCAACAACCUCCAGAGCUUUCCCACAUAUUUUUAGUGUUUGUACAAAGAAAUUCUUCUUUGAUCCCACACUUCCAGCUCAAGAUAUUUACAAUAUUCACAGUCUGCUAUAAAGGAUCAGUAGAUUUAUUACCAAGUCAAGCCUCAGAGAAUCAAGACAAGGUGUCUUGCACUUGCUUCAACUGAAAAAUAAACUAAACACAGGAAGGAGAAAGUCAAAUGCUACUUUCAAACACAUAAAUGAAUCCAUUAAAGUUAUUGAACUUUGAAAUGUAAAACAGAACUUUUCCAAGAGUAAAAAAAUCAACUUUCUCAUAGAAACAAAACCAUUUGACCUUAAGUCUUCAAAUUGUGUUUUCUUAACCUGUCCCUCCUCCCUCUGCUUCAAAUCAGACCCUUAUUUAUCACAGACAAGAAAAUGUAGAUUAAAUCCAUCAAAAGCCCUUGGAAAUUUGUACAAAUGUUCCCACCUCAGGAUCAGCAGCACUUAAGGGA